AUAUCAGAGAGCAGCAGGCAGCUCCGCGCUCGCACUCCGUCUCGGCCACCCCACAGCGCUCGUGUCUUCGCUCCUUACACUGCCUAAGGGCCCCUCGCCACCGCCACCAUGGACGCCAUCAAGAAGAAGAUGCAGAUGCUGAAGCUCGACAAAGAGAACGCCUUGGAUCGAGCUGAGCAGGCGGAGGCUGACAAGAAGGCGGCGGAAGACCGGAGCAAGCAGCUCGAGGAGGACAUCGCAGCGAAAGAGAAGCUGCUGCGGGCGUCGGAGGACGAGCGGGACCGGGUGCUGGAGGAGCUGCACAAGGCAGAGGACAGCCUCCUGGCUGCCGACGAGACCGCCGCCAAGCUGGAAGAUGAGCUGGUGUCCCUGCAAAAGAAACUCAAAGGCACUGAAGAUGAACUGGACAAAUACUCCGAGGCUCUCAAAGAUGCCCAGGAGAAGCUGGAGCUGGCGGAGAAAAAGGCCACAGAUGCUGAAGCUGAUGUAGCUUCUCUGAACAGACGCAUCCAGCUGGUGGAGGAGGAGUUGGAUCGCGCUCAGGAGCGUCUGGCCACAGCUCUGCAGAAGCUGGAGGAGGCUGAGAAGGCCGCAGACGAGAGUGAGAGAGGCAUGAAAGUCAUUGAAAGCCGAGCCCAAAAGGAUGAAGAGAAGAUGGAAAUUCAGGAGAUCCAGCUGAAAGAGGCCAAGCACAUUGCUGAGGAUGCUGACCGCAAGUAUGAAGAGGUGGCCCGUAAGCUGGUCAUCAUUGAAAGUGACCUGGAACGUGCAGAGGAGCGGGCUGAGCUCUCGGAAGGCAAAUGUGCCGAGCUUGAAGAAGAGUUGAAAACGGUGACGAACAACUUGAAGUCACUGGAGGCUCAGGCUGAGAAGUACUCACAGAAGGAGGACAAGUACGAGGAGGAGAUCAAGGUUCUUUCUGACAAGCUGAAGGAGGCUGAGACCCGGGCUGAGUUUGCAGAGAGAUCAGUAACUAAAUUGGAGAAAAGCAUCGAUGACUUAGAAGAGAAAGUGGCCCAUGCCAAAGAAGAAAACCUUAGUAUGCACCAGAUGCUGGACCAGACCUUACUGGAGCUAAACAACAUGUGAAAACCUCCUUGGCCUCCGCGGCCACAUUCUUUCAUUUCCCUUUCAUUGUUUUAGUUUGUUUUUAAACACCUGCUUACCAGGGAACUCCUUCGAUGCAUUUUUAUAUACCUUUAACCACUGUCACUGAAACAUCUGCAGAGAACCAGCUAGUGCAGGGGGUGGGGAAAGACACACAGAAGGGCAAACCCACGCUGGGUCUCUGAUCAUUUAAACGUGCCAUUUCCCAGGUUGACAUUGCCACACUUCAUAGCGGUUAGGCAUGCGGUUUGCUUAGCCAGGUAGGAAGCCUCACAAGAGCAGAAAGCUUUCUAAGCCAGAGUGCCAAGGUGGAGCCACUGGGAAGAUUGAUGUUGGAGACAAUCAGGUGUGGAUCGGUGCUACUUUAAACAAAGGGACCCCUGGCGGUCUUUUGUUCAAUAUUAUGCAAUUUAGAUUUCUGUCCAACACUAAUUUAUUUUGUUUUGAGUUUGACUGCAAGACAAGACUGUGGGUUUCUUACGCCUGUGUUCAUUAAAGUCAAGGGUCUGGAAGCCACACUGGUCUUUGAAGAGUCCCAUUCCUUCCCAGCUGACACACUUGCAGGCCCUUCCAGCUCAGCAGGGAGAGCAUUCAAUGAGGAUUGCCCCUCUUUUCAGCUUUCCAUGUCAGGGUAAAAGAUCUAGGCACUACAUACAUAACUGGUAAAGAAAUGGCAUUUUCUUAAGAGUUAUAACUAUAUGUAAACAUUGUAUAAUGAUAUGGAAUAAAAUGCACAUUGUAGGACAUUUUCUAAA